AUGUGGCCGACAAGCGUCGAAGCUCUCAGGUUCUACCACACAUUUGCCUUCUCGCCGGGACGUCAACGGCUCUUCGGAAUCUUCAUCGUUUUUCUGAUUGCCACAGUUUUUGUGACAUCGGAUGCUGAUGCAGAUGCCGUUCCAGCUCCCGGUCCCUCUCCUGACCCCUCAUUGGGGGCAGGAGCUAAUCCGUUUUUGUUAGAAUCGUUGGUCAAAAGAUUACCCAAAAAAGGAGACAAAAGAGAAAUUCUAAUUAGUUAUCUGGCAGCUGUUCCAACUUUAAUGGGAGAAAUCGAUCAAUAUCUCUUAAAUCUAUCUGCUUCGAAUUCAGCACAAAACAACUCAAAAGAUCGAGAGAGUUUCUCGAAGAAAUUGAAUCAAAUCGUACAUUGUCUGACAACAGACGCAUAUGUUUCGGUAGUUUCUGGUGCUCUUGUGGCUGCAAUUGUGGAGAUAAAUCAAGAUAAAACAAUUAUUCCGGAUUAUCAAUUGAAAUAUGUUUUUGGAAACACAUGUGGAAACGAUUCUCAUAGUACUCGUCUAUUCAUGGAACACUGGCAAGCAGGGGCACGAGUUUUUAUUGGUCCAGAGAAAAACUGCAAAACGGAGGCAGCGAUGGCCGCUUCUCAGAAUCUUCCCAUCAUCAGUUAUCGGUGUAACGAUCAGGAUAUUUCUCGUGAUGACUACCACUACCGUACCUUUGCCCGAACAGUACCACCAGCCGGAGAGAUCUUCAAAGCAUUCAUGGCUCUGAUGAAACAUAACGAUUGGAGAAAGUUUUCGGUUGUCUAUGAUGUCAAAAAAGGUCAAUCCAAAAACGAGUUAUUCGAUACAUUACUGAGAAUGAUGGAGACGGAAAACAGGUUCGAAGAGCACAAAUUCCAAAUUAUGAAUGUUUCGAGAUUGGAAUUCACAAAAAUGGAUAUAAGCAGUCAACAAGAUAUCCAAAGUGUUGAAAACGCCAUAAAGGCGACAAUGAAGACAACGAGAAUUUAUCUGACAUUUGACAACGUCCGCCUGUUCCGUACAAUGCUAUCAAUAAUGGGAGAGAUGGGACUGACAGAUGAUGGAUACAUGCUGAUUUAUGUGGAUACAAACUACGAUUGGCUCAACGUCUACCAUGCAAUGAACAAUCAUUUCUUGAGAAGUAAGUUCAGAUUUCAAAUUUUUUAUACCUUCCGAGUUUUAGACACCAUGACAUAUCUUCACCAUUCCUGGGAUGCCAACAACUCAUCGGAUCGUAAAAUGCUCGAUUACGCCAGAAACGCUCUUUCAAUUAUUCCAACUCCAGUAAAACUGAAUAGCCAAAGGUUCUAUAAUUUCUGGAAACGAGCUGGAGAGUACAUGCACCAUUUUGGAGUUCAGAAAACGGACAAUCUCAAGGGAAACCGUAUCGCGUGUUAUCUGUACGAUGCAGUUUAUCUGUAUGCAAGAGCAAUUCAUGAACUGGUUGAUGAGUACGGUAAUGCCGAUACAUAUGAUCCAACUGCUGACGGAAAGGCAAUCAUUGAUAGGAUAGUCAAUAAAAAAUAUAAAAGUAUCCAAGGAUUUGACAUGAGAAUUGACGAACGAGGUAACUCGAAAGGAAACUUCUCACUUCUGAGUUGGCAGAAAGUCACCCCAAUCAACAACAAAUCGGAUCCGAAAUACUAUCCACUGGAUCAUGCUCUCGAUUUGAGUGCUAUUUUUGUCGAAGCUUCUGAUAGAGGACGUCUUCCGAUUCUUCAGUUUAAGUCAACCGAUAUUCAGUGGAAGAAUGGAGUCAUACCACCAGAUGAGCCUCCUUGUGGUUUUCAUGGAGAAAAAUGCCACAAAACGACAUUGGAAAAUUAUCUUCCACUCAUCGGAAUGAUUGGAGGUGCCAUAUUCUUCUUGGCCAUUGCUGCUUAUUUAUGGAACCUUGUCCGAAGUCGUCGUUUCGAGCAAGAACUUUCAAUGAUUUGGAAAAUCGAUCCGUUUGAAGUUCGUCGAGUAGUUGGAACUGGCAACAACAACGAGUCAACUGCUUCUCUCGAUCAUGUAAAAUUGAAGAAAGAUCAGCGUAAACCACCGCCACCUUGGUGGAGCAAAGAUGCAAUCUAUGGAUCGGGAAUGCGUGGUCUUGCCUCUUACAAAGGAACUCUUGUUGGCUUGAAAGAUUUUUUGUACAAUCGAAAACAGAAAGAGAUUACUCGAGAAGCGAAGAAAGAGUUGAGAGCAAUGAGACAAUUAGCUCAUCCGAAUGUCAACAAUUUCCUCGGAAUCAUUCCUAAUAGUUAUAAAAUCACCAUUGUUCGAGAAUAUUGUUCCAAAGGAUCACUUCAUGAUAUUCUAAGAAAUGAGAAUCUGAAAUUGGAUCAUAUGUAUGUGGCCUCGUUUGUGGAUGAUCUGGUCAAAGGAAUGGUCUACAUUCAUGCAUCCGAGUUGAAGUAUCAUGGCAAUCUCAAAUCUACGAAUUGUCUUAUCACAUCUCGAUGGACUCUCCAGGUCGCUGAUUUUGGAAUGCGCCAACUUCGAGAAGACAUCCUGUAUGGUAGCAACUUUAACAUCUGGGAGAAUUUCUUAUGGACUGCUCCAGAAGGCAUGACAAUAAAUGGAAACGUUCCGACACUGAAUCCUCCAACCACGAAAUCGGAUAUUUAUUCGUUUGGAAUCAUUUUCAAUGAGAUCUUCACUCGUGAAGGUCCUUACAAGAUUUUCGUCCAACGUGGGGAUGUAAAUGGAGAUGGUGCUAAGCCGGACAGUACCGAAUGCAGAGAAUUGGUUGAAAAAACCGUUCGACGUGUCUACAGUGAUCCGUAUUUCCGUCCGGAUACAUCUGACAUUGAAGUUCAAAACUACGUGAAAGAAGUGAUGGCUGCUUGCUGGCAUAACGAUCCAAGUCAACGACCCGAAUUCAAAUCAAUCAAGAAAAAGUUGAAUCCUCUUUUCAAUACAAUAUACAAACAAAACAUAAUGGAUCAUAUGGUACUGAUGAUGGAAAAAUAUCAAACACAAUUGGAAGACCUCGUGGAUGAGAGGACGAUUGAGCUGAAAGACGAACAACGGAGAAGUCAGCACUUACUUCAACGGAUGCUUCCGAGCUCGGUCGCUGAACAACUUCUAGCAGGACAGGAUGUGAUUCCAGAAGCCUUCCCACCGGUUACCAUAUAUUUUUCGGAUAUUGUCGGGUUUACAACGAUCUCAGGAGAAUCGACUCCAAUGGAAGUUGUCACUUUCCUUAACAAGCUUUACACUCUAUUUGAUGGCAUAAUUCGACGGUACGAUGUCUACAAAGUGGAAACGAUUGGUGACGCCUACAUGGUGGUUUCUGGAGUUCCACAAUACAAAACAAUGGAAUAUCAUGCUGAACAGAUUGCUAUGAUGGCUAUUCAUAUCCUAUCCGCUGUCAGAACAUUCACGAUUCCACAUCGAAUUGGAGAACAAUUGAUGAUCCGCAUCGGAAUGCACACUGGUCCGUGUGUUGCUGGAGUUGUUGGAAAGACAAUGCCAAGAUACACGUUAUUUGGUGAUACAGUCAAUACAGCAUCCAGAAUGGAGAGUAACGGAGAGGCACUCAGAAUACAUUGCUCAUCUUCCACUCAGAAGGUUUUAGCCUCAAUUGAUCAAGGAUUCUUAUUGGAAGAAAGGGGUACAAUGGCUAUUAAAGGAAAAGGACAGAUGACAACAUAUUGGUUAAAUGGAAGAGAUGGUUACGAAUUCACAGAGACAAUCGAGGAUAAGAUGGUUGUGCCAGAUAUUUUCCCGCGUCCAAAUCUGAAAAACAGAGGGUCUAGUUGGGGCGUCAAUCGAGAGUCAUCAUUAUCAUUGGCUACAGAAAAGAGCAGUCAGAUAAUGAAAAGACAAUCAGCUGCCAUGAAUCGAGCUAAUCAAGAUGUCAUCUAUUACAAUCAACCUCUGAAUGCCGGUGGUUUCACUUCUCGUGGAACUUCGAACAGGGAAAUGCCAAAGCUUUAUGAGGAAGAUAGAGAAAGUCUAAUGAAUCAGACAGCCUCUCUUUUUGGGUCAAAAACGUCUAACAGGAAGAAAAGCAAUGCCUCCAAGUACAAUGGAUUCAGUUCAUCCCGAAUUUUCGCAUCCACAAUUUCUAAUUCUUCGUCAACCCGCCCGUCUCGUCCAUCGACAUUUGAUCAGGACACAUCAAUAGCUCUUCGGAAACGGUCGACCUCUCUUCCAGAUGGUGAAAAACUGAAUUUGGAUUUUAUCGAAUCUCCAAACCUUGCCAACAGCACUGUUCCAAUCAUUCCAAACACUGUAGAUGAUCCAGAACCAUCGUUUAGAAGAGCAAGUAACAUCGACGGAUGCAGUUCACAUUCGGAAUCUCCAUCUCAAAGUCAAUAUCCAUCGUAUCGAGACUUAAAUGCACCUCAUCAAAGAAAGCGAGGGAUCGCCACGGUUUUCCCAAUUCGGAAACGUUCGUUAUCUUGUGGAGAUGCAGUUCUAGGGAAAGUUAAUGAAAGUGGAACAUCUGGAGCCAUCACAACUUCAGUAUCUCCUAGACCUACUUCAAGAACUUUGGAUGGAGCGAUGAAACUGGCUGCUAGAGCUUCCAGUCCGGACGAGAUUAUCUACCAGGAAGAUGACGAACAUGCACUUAUUGACGACGAAUCGGUAUUUUCGAAUGGAGUGUCAAAGAGUGAAGAUGGACUAAGGUCUUGUCCCCAACCAAGAAGAAAAAACAAGCAUUCAUUCCUCCGAGAUCCUUCGCCACUGGCACAACGGAUUCGAGAAGCGUCGCCAUUUGGAAAGAAAAAACCUUUUUGGAAUUCAAAGAAUAGUAACGAGCACACAUCAUCGCCAGCAGAGUCUAUAUCACGGCUAUUCCGUAGGCUUCGAAGUGGAACAAAUGGUAACGAUUAUUCGGAUUUGAAUCAUUACUGUGAUGAUGAAGACCUCGGCGAAUAUGAAAUGCAAGAAAUGAUAGAGAUGAAUGGAGGGACACAUCAGUUGAAUGGAGCAAGAACUAACCGCUCCGUUUCUUGCUCUCCAACGGAUGACUGUUGUACUCUCACAGACAAUUCGGAGCCACUUCUUGCCAUUCAAUCAUCUUCCGUUGGUGAUUCUUCGCUGUCAACAUCUCUGUCCUGUUCAUAA